AUGGAGAAAACCAAAAUGACCAAUAUAGCCGUGAUGAAUCGAAUGACGACUAUUUCAACAACACAAUCAUUAUCGUUGUCGUGGUCGUCGCUGUUGUUACUUUUAUUAUCGUUUUUAAUUUUUUUUCCAUCCAAAAUUGAAUCGAAAAAAACAAUAAAAUUAUUGAAAGAAUUACAAUUACAUCCAUAUAAACCAGUAUAUGGUUUACCAUAUGAUGAUUGUUUACAACCAGAAUUUCGUGUUGAAUUUAAUCGUUGUGAAGAGCAACAAAGAAAACGUUGGAAUAUUAAACUCGAUGAUUAUUUGAUAUCAACAAAAGAAUUUUGUUGUUUUGUUUGGUCACAAUUAUCAUGUGAAUUAAAAGUGAUUGAAAAAUGUAAUAAAAAAAAAUCCACAUUACGUUAUAGUGAUCAAUUGAAAAAUACAACCAUCAAAAUGUUUGGCGAUUUUUGUAAACCAAUCAAAUAUGAUGAUAUGCUUUGUUCGAAUCAACAAUAUGCUGGUUAUUUUUUAUUAAUAUCCAUUUUAUCCAUGGGAACUGUUGUAAUCAUGCUUCCAAAUGUAUCUUUUUUUGCUUUUUGUAUCGGUCAAUUUGUUCAUAAUACUUGUUCAGAAUCAUAUAUGGUGCGUUUAAUUGAAACAAAAUUAUUUAAUUGAAUAUAUGUGGAAAUAAAAAUAAAUUCAU